AUGAUGGCAUCCCUCACCACUCUUGAAGUGAAAUUUAAGGAGUUUCUAGAAGCAAAGCAAAUGCACCAAAACUCACGCCCUAAGAUCCAAAAGGUUGAUGGGUAUCUCCGAAAUAGAAAUAAUUUUGAGCAGCAUUACUCACCCAAGUUUGUGUCAAUAGGUCCAAUCCAUCAUAACAAUCAAAAUCUCAAGUUAGGAGAGAACUAUAAGCUUAUCUGGGCAGCAAAAUACAUCGAAAACACCCAACAAAAUCUAUAUGUUCUACACCAAAAGAUUGCCGAUAACAUAGUUGAACUCAUGAGUCUUUUUGCCGACAAUGUUUUAGAAUUAGCCAAUACUUCAGAGUCUCUAAAAGACUUUUGCAGCAUUGAAGAAAAGCUGUCAUGGCUUUUGUUCGUGGAUGGAUGUUUUUUGCUGUAUAUUUUGAUAUACUUGAAGCUUCAACUUGAUAAACCACAAGAUUUGAAUAUUAAAGUAGAUCAACUUGUUCUUGUGAUGAAGGAUGUGCUUUUGUUGGAGAAUCAGCUUCCCUAUCUAGUACUGAAGCUGUUAUGGAAAAAUGAGGACGAGACUGAAUUGAUAUAUAAUAUGAAGAAUUUUCUCAAAUAUUAUUAUUGGGCCCUGCCGGAUAAUAAGAAGACCUGGAGGACACCAGUCAUUGAAGAGAAUAAUAGUGCAGAAAAUGAGAGAACGCAUUUUAUUUCUAAUUUUGUUCACAGAAAAAAGACUAACGAAAUGCAUGUAGUGGACUUUCAGAAUAAGCAACCAACUCAUCUUCUCGAUCUUCAACGUAAAAUAAUCCUCACCAAAUCUAAUCACAAGAGGAAGAAACAAAGUAUGGAAUUUUCAGAAAUAAGAAGCAAGAUGAUGACAUACAGGAACAUACAAGAUCUAAGAGCAGUAGGAAUAAAACUUAGAUCAAGCGGGACACGAGGGCCAACAGACGUAGAUUUUUGGGAGGGCUGGUUUACUGCGGUACUGACUCUUCCUCAGAUUGUUGUGGACGAUGACACAGCUGCUUCUUUACUGAACCUGAUAGCGUAUGAGAUGUGUCCAGAUUUUAAGAACGACUACGGAAUAUGUUCGUUCGUGGUUUUCAUAGACUCGCUCAUUGACCAUGCUGAAGAUGUGAAGAAAUUGAGAUCAAAAGAAACAUAUUUUGAAGUUAGAGUUAAAAUACACGAGCAUCACUAUAAUAAAUUUAAGAUUUGGUUUGCGCUGGGUUAUCACACUUAUUUCAGCAAUCCUUGGACUAUCACUGCUUUCGUUGCUGCCUUUGUUGCACUUGCUCUCACUUUCAUUCAAACAUGGUUUUCCAUUUUUCCGCGCUAA